AUGACCCGUGCUAUCGGCAAGGAUUAUAUGGCAACUAGCAAGGAUCCCAAGAAAAGAGCCCCGCCGGCCGACAUCCCCGCCGACACCCCUGCCGUCCGGUGCAUCAAGGAGGCCCCUGAAGUCAUCAGCACGCACGCCAACCUAGCUCUCCUCCGCGUGCCGCUCCUGGGCGCCCUGGAUCUCGUCACCAAUCACCGACACCAUGACUACUUCGUCUACCAAUCCCCGGGCGCCUCCUCAUUCAACCGCCUCCCGCACCCGCACCCCAAGGGCGCCGUCUUCCAGGACAACGAGGUCGCUAUCUUCCGCUGCUCUGGCACCUCCCACUACGUCAUAGCUGGCCUCAGGAACACCGUCCGCACCAGCAAGUUCAGGCUCCAGCGCUACGACUCCGACACCGGCAGCUGGACCUCCACCCUGCUUUCCGUCCACGCGCCGGUGAGGGACGAGGUGCUACCAAUCCCCCUCACGGCCACCGAGCUGCUCUUCCACGAGACCACCAAGGUCAUCACGCUCGGAGGCCCAAGGGUUACCAUUGGCUGGGUCGAUCUCUGGAGAGGCAUCCUGCACUGCGACGUGCUCGAUGAGGAACCCGUGCUCCGUGAUGUGCCGCUGCCCAAGCCGUCAAGAGCCAAUAGGCGCUCCUUCUGCAGAGGAGGACCGCACCGUUACAGGGAGAUCGUUGUCGUCACACUACCAGGUUUCUUCAAAAAAGUACAUGAGAUGGAAACUAGACCUGGGAAGGAUAUGCCGCCAUCCCGGCAGUCGGUGGACACCUCCGAUGACUCCGGCUCUGAUGAUGGUGCUGAGUGUGAUUUGUACGUCGCCCCAUACUGGAAUGCCACCAUCUGGACCAUGCCAGUUCCAGUUACGUCAUGGAAGGAUUGGCACAAGGACAAGGAUUGCAAGCUUGAUGUUUUAGGCUAG